AGCUGGAUAUGGUAGCUUUGGAAUUUUUUUACAAUAAUGGCUCAGAAGUUUCCUGACACACAUCCUGCAUAUGCCUGACGCAUCAUGAGGGCACGGAGGGGAUGUCUAGUCGUCGACCGCGUUAAGGCGUUGUAGUCGGUUUUGUGACGUGGUCGGGUGGUGUGUGAUUCAGGGGUAUUUCCAACUGGCUCAGCUGUCGGUUCUUAAGGGACUUGCGCUACAGCGAUAUAGGUCGCGACUGUCAGUGCGGUGCGGACGGCCAUCUGUGCGCUGGAGGACCUGACGCGGCGCGUUUCGGCGGCCGGCCUGUUCUCGACCAACGAGGCAGCGGAUGAGCUGCCCACCAGUUCGCUGCGGUUCCUGCUGCUGCCGGCGCUGCUCGGCGAGCUCACCUCAAAGCUGGCGCGCGACGACCGGCUGCAGGUGAUCAGCGUGGCCGAGGUGUACUACCGGGACUUCGUGCAGCGGUGCCGCGACUACGGCCUGACAGAUGCGGCCAUCCCGCGCGCGCGCGCCGAGGCUGCUGCAGAGCCGGCGCGCCAGCCGCGGCCGCCCACCAUGCGUGACCUGGCCACCAUGUCCAAGCAGCGCGAGGAGCGGCUGCGACGCUACCGCCAGCAGAAGGAGCUGGACAAGCAGCUGGCUGCGCUUCAG